AUGUCAAACUUCCAAGUGGUCCCUAACGACUUGCUAUUUAAACCCACAAGCCACAAAUUUAUUUUGAAGUUCACUGGUGGCACAACUGUUGUAAAUGUUGGAAAGCAUGAGAUUCCUGAAAAGAUUAAAACCUUAACCCCUUUUGCUAAUAUCAUUUCAGGCACAUGGCCGAAGUCUCUCUUCACUGACGAGCUUAUUGCAGAUCCUAAUGUAUGGCACUAUAGAGCAUGCCAUAAAUGUCCACAAGUGGCGAAGGGUGACAAUCCACAAUUCAUUUUCCAGGAUAGAUGCCAGACUGAGGCGGAGAUUUGGAGGUUUAAUAUUUUCAUUGGAGUAAUUAAAAAUGGAUACACUAAUAACUUUGUGUUUUGGGACCUGAAAUCCGUUGAACUUUUGAAAACUUCGACUGCACAAGUACGUUCCACUAUAAUAAAGGCUGGAAUAACAGACCCACUUGAGUUCCCCCUUGCGUUGGAUGCAAUGUUGGGGUUGAAGUUUUCCUUCAAGGUGAAGUGCAUCCCUCGUUGGAGUAGCACUUCUGUUGCCAUGUAUCUUAAGGACGAGGGGGUCUUUAAAAAACUUGAAGGAAAUGUAGUCGUCACUGGAAUUAAUCAGGAUGGUGAAAUCUCUUCAUCCAAUAUUGCUGAUCCUGGUACCCCUACACCCAACGUUAAGAUAAUGUCACCCGAUGAUAAGACUGACUCAUUGGGCAAAACUUUUGGUGAAGGGGACCUUUCUUCUACUAAGGCGAAGAAGAGGAACAUCAAGAGGAAAACAGUAAGAACAUCAAGAGGGGAUCCUCGUGGAUGA